AUGGAUUCUGGUAAUAGUGGUAGUAUACAAUCUUCAAGUGGUGGUGAAGAUCAAGAAUAUGAUUCACAUCAUGGGGCAUCAUCAAUCUCAUCUUUCUUGAAUUCUUCAAGCCAUUUUGGUUCAAUUUCAUCAAGUCCAUUGCCACAAUUUCUUUCUCAACAACCCUCUCUCUUUGAUCCUAACACACAAAACUUCAGCUCCAAUUUUCAAGAUUCAACAAAUUCUCCUUACAACAAUGAUCUUGUUUGGCCUAAAGACUUGAGAUCUGACCCCAACAACAAUUUUAACAACUUUGGAAACUUAACUUCCUCAUCAUCAAUUGCUCCUCAUCAAGGUCCAUAUUAUGAUUCAACUUCAAUACCAAUAAACUCCUCCUUUGUUCAACCUAAUGUGGGGAAAAAUCCUAAGAAAAGAAGUAGGGCAUCGAGGCGUGCGCCAACAACUGUUCUCACUACUGACACUACAAAUUUUAGACAAAUGGUUCAAGAAUUCACUGGCAUCCCAACAACUCCGUUUACUGGUUCAGCCUACACUCGCCGCCUUGAUCUUUUCUCAACUGCCAGCUCGGCCAUGAAGAGAUCAGCCCAUUUGGAUAACCUCGUACCACUUAGUUAUACUUUAAGGCCAUCCAGACAGAAGGUCCAAAAUUCUCAAUUUAUGCCACCAUCUAAUUCUUCUUCUCCAUUUUUGAGUUCUAGCAUGAUGGAUACUUUAGUGUCAACAAAUAAUAGCAUAGUUGGUACUACAAAUGCUUCCACCUUUGAUCAAAUUAAUAAGUCAUUUACUAGAACAAUUCCUCGUUUGGAUGAAAUGGGGAUGAGCCAUCAUGAGCAAGUUAGUGCAAAUCUUGGUGGAUUUGAUCAAUAUCAAAGUGGGACAAUUGGUGGAGAUCAAGAACAAUCAAGAAAAUAUAGGAAUAUCGCAAGAUUGUUUGAUGGAAAUAGUGGUAAUACUAAUUACUCACAACAUGUUGGUGGGUAUAAAUUGAACUGUUCAGCUUCAUCAACAUCAGAAUUAAAUCAUGCUGAGAAGGGUUUUGAAAAUAAUGUGUACACAACAGGUGAAGGAACAAUAGGUUCAUGGACUUGUCCUUCUGGCUAG